AUGUCCCAGCGAGCAGAUGCCUCCCAGUGUGGUGGGGUUGUGGUCGAGUUCGAGUCUGACGAUAUCAGGAAUGCAAGAGCUCAGAAAGCGAGGAGUAUACCAGGUUCAGCUCUUAUCUACCUCAGAGGUCCCAAGUUUCUCAUCUAUGUCAGUGGAGCAUUGUCAAUGUGGGGUGACCGCAUGUGGCACUUUGCUAUCUCUGUGUUCCUGAUUGAGCUGUAUGGCCGUAACCUGCUGUUGACAGCGGUGUUUGGAUUGGUAGUGGCUGGGUCAGUGCUCCUGCUUGGAGCUUUGAUUGGAGACUGGGUUGAUCGCAAUCCAAGGAAUAAAGUUGCACAUGCAUCUCUUUUCAUUCAGAACAUCUCAGUGACAGUAUGUAGCAUUGUGCUCAUGUUGGUGUUCUCAUAUAAGCAAAGGAUUGAACAGAUCUGGGACGGCUGGCUUACUGUGGUUUGUUAUACGGUGGUGAUCGUCCUGGCAGAUGUGGCAAACCUUGCGAGCACAGCGCUGACCAUUGCCAUUCAGAGGGACUGGAUUGUGGUUAUUACAGGCUACAACCGAGGUCACCUAGCUGGAAUGAAUGCAACCAUGAGGCGGAUAGAUCAGGUGACUAACAUCCUGGCCCCACUAGCAGUGGGACAGGUCAUGACCCUGGCCUCCAAUGUAGUAGGCUGUGGCUUCAUCCUGGGCUGGAACCUUGUGUCACUCAUUGUGGAGUUCUUCUUCUUGUCACGAGUGUACCGCAUCGUCCCAGCGCUCUCGAUCAAACCCCCUGUGGUGGAGGUGGAUCAGGUGUAUCUGCAGCGCUUGGAGAGGAGAAGGUCACUAGGGGAAGGUAUCGUUGCACAACCUCAGCCUCUGACCGAAGGCAACUGCAACACAGGCCUGCACCUAAAAGAAAUCACAAACCUGCCACUGUGUUUCCUGAGGUUUCGCUGGUUGUUGAGCACCUGUAAGGACGGCUGGAGGGCCUACUAUCGGCAGCCUGUCUUCCUGGCAGGAAUGGGCCUGGCUUUCCUCUACACAACAGUGCUGGGCUUCGACUGCAUUACCACUGGCUAUGCCUACACUCAGGGUAUAAGCGGCUCUCUACUUAGUCUACUGAUGGGUGUUUCAGCUAUCACGGGGCUGUUGGGCACUCUGAUGUUCACCAGACUCAGGAAGACAUAUGGCCUGGUUAACACAGGCAUAAUCUCGAGCUGCCUCCACCUGGGCUGCUUGCUGCUGUGUGUGUGCUCCGUGUUUGCCCCUGGCAGCCCUAUGGAUCUUAGCUUGCUGAAGCCCUACAUUACCAACUCCUCUGAGGUCGGAGGGAUGGCGAGCCAAAGGCAAAAACAUACAUUUCCGCUGAGGGGGGGAAGCAAUCAACCACUGCUUCCCGACCGCUCCUCCAUUCAUUGGACCAACAACACCGUGCUUUUUGACAACGUGCCCUCUGGCACAGCGCCAGAGUCCUACAUCUCCAUUAUCCUGUUGUUCUUGGGCGUCAUCACAGCACGCAUCGGUCUGUGGUCCUUCGACCUGACAGUGACCCAGCUCCUGCAGGAGAACAUCUGUGAGUCAGAGAGGGGGGUGGUAAACGGUGUGCAGAGCUCCAUGAAUUAUCUGAUGGAUCUGCUUCACUUCAUCAUGGUUAUCUCCGCUCCACAGCCACAGCACUUUGGCAUCCUAGUUAUCAUUUCUGUGUUGUUCAUCACCACCGGGCACACCAUGUACUUUGUGUAUGCGCACCAAGCCAAGAGAAAACGCCGCCUCAACACAUAAGGAGCACAUGUGGCCCCACACACUCACGUGUGAGAUGCAUACCAGCACUGACUCCACUCUGCACCUGUGAAAUGAGUGUCUCCCUCCUGUUCCUUCAGCAAUCUUAUUGCAACACUCCACAUCUGACGUAGCCAUUCAUUUCAGCACAACACAGCGAAUGCCUGUCCCACCUCUGUUGCUUUCUUCUUGCAGGGCCAUGUGCCACAGCAGCAAACAAGACCUCAGGUGAAGUAGAG